UUUUUGUGUUCUGACUUGAGAAAAAUUUCGAGAUUGUUUAUUUAUUAUGCUGGUUUACAUGAAGGCAGGAGGCUCUUCUGGUACUGUAUUUGCAUGGGAUCUUCGGUGGCAACAGCAGCCAAUAGUUCUUUCUGGGGUUGCAGCAGGUGAGUUUCAGUCCCACUCAUUAUCUGAGAGUGAAAUUUGGGAGGUCCAGUAUGACAGCUAUUCUUCAAACAUUGGUAACAUGUCAACAUCACGGGUGUUACCUGUUAUGAUCUGCUCAGAAGAUGGAAUCCUUGCUGUUGUUGAACAAGGUGAGGAACCCAUUGAACUCUUGGCUGAACCAUGUGCUAUCAACAGCUUUGACAUUGACUGACAGAACCCCUCGGUGAUGUGUUUUUUCUUCUCUCUUCCUCCUAUACUCAGUUUAUCUCAGAGACGUACGACAUUUUGAUCUUGGGGAUAAAUUACUUUGCUAUGUCAUAUAUCUGUGGAAUUGCUAAGAAUGACUGAUGAUUUCAAUUGUUGCCAUAACAGGAUGUGAUAUGUAGUUUAG